CUUUUCCUUCCUUACUCUUUCCACCAUGUCCGACUUUGAAGGUGACUUCGAUGAUGAGCUCCUUGAGCUUGCUGGUGCAACGGAGAAAAAGCGAAAACACCAAGCAUCAAGCUCCAGGGCUUCAGCAGCCAAGAAGCGCAGAACGGAAGUCUCAGAUGACAGCGAGGCAGAGGGCGAGCCGGAGAGUGAAGAGGAAUCCGAGGUAAAGUACCCGCUGGAGGGCAAGUAUAUAGACGAGUCGGAUAGGGAGCGGCUACUAUCUAUGCCUGAGAUUGAGAGAGAAGAAAUUCUUGCCGGGCGGCAAGAAGAGUUGAUGCGAAUACAAGACAAGCGAAAGCUGCAUGAGAUGCUUCAAGCACAGUCUGGAGAUCCUGAGAGUGUUUCGAAAGCUGCAAAACGUCAACGUACUAGCCGGGGCGCUACGAAGGAGAAGUCUCGCACACUUGAUGAACUCAAGGCCAGGCGAAAAGCGAAGGAUGAGAAGAAGCGUACGAAGACACACUCCCCCAAGCGAGAUCGGUCCUCCUCCCCCAAUGACAUGGACAUGUCUUCGGGUGAAGAAGAGGAUGGUCAAAUAACGCGCUAUGAAGAGGAAGAAGAGAAGGAUAGGAAGCUAUUUUCAAGGCAGCCUGAUCCAGCGGACGAGCCAUCGUCGCUCGAGGACCUCAUGAAGUGCAAAUUAACGCGGGACAAGCUUGCGAAGCAUUCCAUGGCUCCCUGGUUCGAGGACUAUGUGAAGGGUGCCUGGGUUAGGUAUCUUGUGGGCCAAGACGAGGGCGGUCAGCCACAGUACAGGAUUUGCGAGGUACAAAACCUCGGAGCAAAUCUCACGAAGCCAUACAAGGUUGACGAAAUCAUGGUGAACCAGACGCUUGAGUUGAAGCAUGGCAAAUCGCUCAAGGCGUUUAAUAUGGACAAGGUAUCUAAUGCUCCGUUCACACAGCGAGAAUUCGACCGUCUAGGAAAAGUAUGCUUUGCGGAUGACGUGAAGUUGCCAUCCAAGCGCGCCCUUGAGAAAAAGGCUGUGCAGAUGUCUAAGUUGUUGACACAACCUAUGACAGAGAGCGAUAUCACCGCUAUGUUGGCGCGGAAGAGCCAGUUGUCAAACUUGCCAUCUGGUGCAUCCCUCACGUUACAGCGAUCACGACUUAUGCAGGCAAAGACGCUUGCCAUUCGGCGACAGGACUAUGCCGACGCUGCCGAAAUUGACGCCAAGCUGGCAGAGCUGCCUACGGUAGCUACUCCUGCUCGAAAUGGAGGCGAAGAGUCCCUGAACGAUAAACUCGCGAAAGUGAAUGAACGAAAUCGCAAAGCCAAUUUAGAGGCGGUCCGCAAGGCAGAGCUGAUGGAUGCCGAACGGAAACGAAGGGAACGCAAGAUGAAUGCAUCGGGUACUGCGACCCCAGCGGACCCGAGUGCGAGAUUAAAAACUGUUCCGAAGUUGUUCAACGACACAAUAUCAAGAUCGGGAACGCCGAAUAUAAACGGGACGGGCACGCCUGCACUGCAGGCCCAUGAUGCGGCCGGUGGACGAUCAAUAUCACCGCUUCCACCUUUAGCCUUGUCUGACCCGCGAACAGGGCCGAAGAAGGACAAGAGCUUGGAAGUGUCUGUCAUCGAAUCGAUAGAGGUUGAUCUCGGAGAUUUUUAGAGUUAUGUUUUAUGUUUUGUUGGAUUACAAUCGUCUUACUUUCGGGACUGUCUUGGUUGUAAAUGUUAUUGUUCAAAUUAUAGCUUUGUCUCCAGAA